GGCGGGCGAGGCUCUGGCUCCGCUCACGUCUGUUUUCCUUUUUCGUGCAUUAUUUAUUUCGCCUCCGCCCGCGGCCCUGCUGCCGGAGCGGGUGCUCCGGGCCGGCGCCUCUCGCCCGCUGCCUCCCGCGGGCCCCGGGCACCCUGCGCCCCGGGCAGCCGCUCGGCGCCACCAGGAAGGGCGGGGACCGGGGCGGCGCAGGGACCCGUGGCUGGGCUGAAGGAGGACUCCUGCGGCCCGCUCGCGGAGGACCCGAGGACACUUUCCCCACCCUCUGCCUGGGCUGCCCGACCUCGGAAGUGGCCGCCUUUCCCGGCCCGCGCGCGGCCAAGCGGAGCCUGGAGCUCCGUGCGAGUGCGCCGCGCCCCGGUCUCCCAGAUCAGCUGCCCUGGAGGCCCAAGCAGCGCGCAAACUUUUGCUCCAGCGCCCCGCGCUCGUCCUCUGCAAGUGAAGCCCCCGAGCGCGCGCGCAGCCGCCAGGUUAGCUCACCAGUGGGCGCCGCAGGCCGAGAUGCUACUCCGGGACCUGGUGCUGCGCCAUGGCUGCUGCUGGCCCUCACUUCUGCUGCACUGUGCGCUGCACCCACUCUGGGGUUUAGUUCAGGUGACACACGCUGAGCCCCAGAAGUCUUGCUCUAAGGUGACUGACAGCUGCCAACACAUCUGCCAGUGCCGGCCCCCACCCCCUCUUCCCCCUCCACCCCCACCUCCGCCACCUCCCAGACUACUCUCCGCCCCAGCUCCCAACUCUACCUCCUGCCCUGCAGAGGACAGCUGGUGGUCUGGUCUGGUGAUCAUUGUCGCUGUGGUCUGUGCCUCCCUGGUGUUUCUGACUGUCCUGGUCAUCAUUUGCUACAAAGCCAUAAAGAGGAAACCACUGAGAAAGGAUGAGAAUGGCACCAGUGUCGCUGAGUACCCCAUGAGCUCCUCACAGAGCCACAAAGGGGUGGAUGUGAACGCUGCAGUGGUGUGAACCUGCAGGCCCUGGGACCCACUGGCCAGAAGGGCACCGUGGUGACACUGGUGGACAUGGAUGGCAGGUGGACAUGAGCUGACCGUGGGCCUGUCCAGGACUUCGUGCUUCGCGGGCUUCGAGCCUCCUGAAAGAGAAAGCAUCCUCUUCCCAGGCUAGCCCUGGUCACCCCCGAGGGGUGCAACACCGACACCAGGCUUGAGCCAGGCUCCCCUGCAUGUGGCCCCUGAGCAGCACCACCACCCAGGGAUCUCCAUACUCUCCUUGUCUCGCAUUGGGCGCACUGACUGUCACCAGUUGCUACUGAAAGCAUGUAUUCCAAUGAAAGCAGAGGGUCUGUCUGUCUGUCUGUCUGUCUGUCUGCCUGGGGCAGAGAGAUACCCACUUUAGCCAGAAGAAAGGUGAUCCAGGGACUGCUCCCGUUCUGAAAGUUUCCCUCUCCUGCAGGAAACCCACCUGCUCCUCUGUGGACAUUCUUACAAAAGCCAUCACACAGCCAUGAGACAAAUGUCCCCUUCCAAAGGUGCUUCCCACACAUCUGCCCAUCACUGUAUCUGCCAUGGUCUUCCGCCUCCACUGCCUGUGUCACCCUCCUUUGCCCACCCACAGCCUAGCCUGUGACUCCUUACUGCAUGCCUGCCUCGGGGAGCAGUGAGCUCAGCCUACAUAGUCCCCAGGGAGUGAACUCAGUGUCUCCCAGAUGCCCAGGCAGAGGGUGUCUGAAGGAAGUCAGAGGUUCCCUUUGCCCACGCCGACAUCCCGCCCCUGGCUCUUCAGCAAGCAUCAGUGUGAGCCAGACUCUGCCUCACUGGACAGAGAUCACAACUUGUGCCAAAUCCGUAAGGGCACUCGGUGCCAGGCUGAUGCUGGUCCAGUGCUCUGUGACCCACUUACCCCUCCCCCCCCAACGGUCCCCUGAAACCUAAAUUUGGUACUCAGAAAGUUCCCCAAAAAAGGUGGCCUUCUGGGUGUCCCUGAAGUGGCUUUCUCUGUGGGCCAGAACUCUUAGGGUACCAGAGCCUCCUGAGUGUGAGCAGAAGAGAAAGUGGAUAAGAAUCAUCUAGCCCUGAUGACCUCCCACCCACAGGCUCGUUUCCCUGGAGGCCACCCACACAGUGAGGCACAUCCCUUGACCCUUGUGAUUUUUGUAUCCCUUGUCCCCCUCCCCUCACCAGCCACAUGUACUAGCCUAGAAGGAAGCAAGCCUACUGGAGAGAAACAACCCCACAUUAUAGAGAUGUUGCUGGGUACAUUAGCCUCCUCUUCAACCACCAGAGAUCUCUGGUGGGUGUUUGUGCUACGUGAGAAAAUGGCAGGCACGAAAAUCAGUCCUGUGUGGCUGGGUGCCCUGAAGCUGACACUGCUCUCUGCUCCCGAGAGUCACAAGGUACAGGCUAAGGGAUGGUCCAGGGCAUGGCACGCCUCCUGUAAGUGACAUUUGCCCUCUUUUGUUUGAGGACAUGGCUUUGGGUUAGUUUUGAAUUUCCCCUUCAUAGCCUUGUGCUCCGACACAAGGUUGCCGAGAUCCUUCACUGGGGCUGCCCGCACCUCACCCAGGGGAACAUGGGGCUGUCCUCUUUGGAUGUGAUUCCAAUUGAUGAAGAAGGUGGAUCAGGGACAGGCAAGACAAGGGUGAGAAGCCUGUUGGGCUCCAUCCUACUGCCUUGUCUCUCACCCCUGCACCACCUUGAUCUAAACUGAGACAAGGGACAGUCUCCUGGUGUCUGGGCCCACAGCAGACACAGGGCAUAUAGGAGGCCUGGCCCUAGUUGUAAACAUACACACCUUGGAGUCUCACAGGAGAGAGUAACACCCUCCCACUCCCACCACCAGAUAUCAAGACUCAGGAGCAAGGAAGAGACAGCCCAGGCUGGAGGGGGGCUCCCUACUAUGGGGCCUGAGGGCUGGGCAGAGCCUGAGAUCUCCAUGUACCUAAGUCUAGACCUUGGCUUAAAGCUAGGAAGCACACAGUGUGUGUGUAUGUAUGUGUGCUACUAACCCACAGGGACCUUGGCUGAGGUUGCACUGUGCUUGUCUAGUGUACAUGUAAAUUCUCUUUAGUGGGCUUGCGUUACCCCACCCCACAGUUAGGGGAAACCAAGGGAAGGACUAGGUUUUAGAAGGGUUCCCCUGAGAACAGCCUCUCAAGCCCGAGCUGCCCACUUAGAGGGUACAUCUCACGGCACAGUAGAAGGCACUAGUUUUUAAGCCCACAUGCUAUAAUGUACAUAAAAUCAAUGGCGGCCAAGAGCAUGAACCUAGACCUUCAUUUCAAAGGGCCCUGCGUCAGCUCCAAGACCUGUUCUCAGUGCAGCCUUAAUGCAGGGGUCAGAAGCAAUGCCCGUGUCCACGCGUUUCCUCCGAUGUUUCUCACCGUGGUGAAGUUGUGUCAGAACUCAGCAGCAUGGAGGACCUCCCAGUUACCAGGUGUUUCUUCAAGGCUUCUAGAGGACAUUUUGGAUGAAAGAACAGUAGAUGUAAAAAAAAAAGGCAUAUUAUAUAUAGUUAAAUAUAUUUAAAGAGAUAUCUAUACAAAUAUAUAUAUAUAUAAAUACUAUACUCUGAUCUGUACAAAUAUGACCUAAACAGUCCAGGCAGUGUGUGACCUGCAAUGCAUGAAUGUAAAUACCGUGAACUCUGCCUUCUUAGCAGUGCUUGUGUAUGGGAGGCGACCGUGCCACAGGCACUCUGGGCCUUGGUGGGCAGGUACACGUGUCAAGACUCAGCAGCCCCUUCUUUACACGGAAGGAGGCAUCGAGAUUUUUUUUUUACUGUCAAUAAAAAUAUACUUAUAAA